AUGUCUACUCGAAACCGCUCCAGCCACCUAAAACCCCUGGUGUAUCAGUGGCAAGAAGGCGUUGAAGAUCUCGAAGGCUACCGCCCAGGUGGCUAUCACCCCGUUCACAUUGGCGAUAAAUACCUCAACGGUCGUUACGAGGUCAUCCACAAGCUAGGUUACGGUACCUACUCAACUGUUUGGCUUGCCGAAGAUCAUCUAGAGGCGAGGUACGUCGCGUUGAAGAUCCUUAUCGCUGCUACCCACAAAGGGUGCUCGGAAAGCAAAGUGCUCCACGCAUUGAGCUCUGCGAAAGCAGAUCAUCGUGGCCGCGCCUAUGUUCCAUCAUUGAUGGACGAGUUCACGAUUGAUGGGCCAAAUGGCUGCCACCUAUGUAUUGUGAGCGAAGCGGUCGGGUGUAGCGUUGCGCAGUCAAAGGAAGCUAGCAUAACUUGGAAGUUUCCCGUCAACGUCGCUCGAGCUAUAUCCGCUCAGCUUCUACUAGGUUUGGACUAUAUUCAUUCAUGUGGUGUGGUUCAUGGUGAUCUGCAUUCGAACAAUAUCCUCUUCAAGACUCCCUCUCUCGAAGGACUGACGAUCGAGGAGCUUUACAACCGCUUGGGAGACCCUCAGAAAUUGCCUGUUGAGCGACUUGACAAAUGUCCAACUGGUCCAGAGGCUCCACGGUAUUGCGUCUUGCCUGCGAUGAUGUUCCAGUCAAGUGAGGAUGUUGUCGAUGCUCAGGUUAUUAUCUCGGACUUUGGCGAGGCUUUCUUUCAGGACCAAGAGCGCAAAGACUUACAUACCCCUAUACUACUUCUUCCACCAGAAUUUUUCUUCCAUGAGAGGCUAGGUCAGGCCGUUGAUGUAUGGACUCUUGGUUGUACCCUCUAUGGAGUCCUUGGCGAACGUCCUCUCUUUGAGGGUUUCAUGCCAGACGAGGACCAUACCAUCGCAGAAAUGAUUAGUACUUUAGGGCAUCUUCCGAAGCGAUGGUGGGAUCGAUGGCAACGAAGGACGGACUUUUUCCUUGAGGAUGGAUCAUGGAAGACGGAUACGACUCGAAAUCAUGCUCCAUAUUCCCGGCCUUUGGCCGAACGUCUGCGCAUUAUGGGACGGGGAGAAGAUCCUUUGACGUGCGAGUUCAGCCCGCCAGAGAUGAAAGCUCUUGAAGGAUUGUUGAGAGCGAUGCUGACUUAUCAGCCUUCAGAGCGCAUCAUUAUGAGAGCUGCGGUGAACUCAGAAUGGAUGGAGGGAUGGGGUUUGCCAGCGAUGAGAAAGACUGGCGUCAAUAGUAAUAUGUGA